UUGCAUUUUGAGAUUUAACCAAUUCUACUUGAUAUUGACUUCUUUCAAGGAAACAUUAAAGUCAUCCACAUAAAUUUCACGCUGAUGAUGCACACACACAUCCAUCCACAAAUCGCCACAUUAUUUUGGAAAUCAAAAAAAAAAUGUUUUCCUUUCGGGGUUGUUAUUUUGUGCGGCACACAGCAACAUGCCAAUUCAAUUGUUCCUCCCUCUCCACACAAAAAAUAAAUACCAAAAAUCGAAACAAAGAAAAUAGUGCGAAUUGGUUGGUCAUAAUGGUCAUGGUCAUGGUCAUAUUAUGGUCAGCCAAAAGACAAAACUGUAGAAGCCACUGUGGAAACCAAUGUUCAAUGGGUUCAAUGUCACUGUCGAGGAGAAGCAAACGUGUCUGCUCAAACAACACAGUCGAUUCGCUCCUGGGGCCAAACAUUUCACGUUUAUGUCACACAAGUCAAGUCAAGCAAAUGUCCAGUCGUGUUACCGCAAGAGGCAAAAUUGUCCGUUUCAUAAUUUCGAACUCAGUGCGGCUGGCAUACUUGGUGGAUAGAAUCGCUCGAAUCAUUUGUUUUCGAUUGGCUGGUUGGCUCGUUUUCAUUUUUCAUUGACAAAUUCAAUUGUGAACGACAAAGUUCGUGUCAUUGGAACGCACAUAUUACUGAUGGCGGAUGAUAAAAAUGGGUUAUUUGCACGGUUCAAGAUAGUAGAAAGAUAAUGUCAGUCAUUUCAUUGUGUUACAAAACACAACACAGUGGAGUGCUUGGUAAUCAAUCCAUCAGACGUUUGGGUACGACAAAAGAGGACAAGGAUGUGGCCGACUUAGAUGAACUGGUCUCACCACAUCGCACACCAGCCGAACCAAUUAAGUUGGAUCAGGGCGAGUUCCUUUCGAAUCUGGAAAAAGAGCUAGCAGCUUUGGAUGCAACCCCACCUCAAGCGCCAGCAGCUCAACCAGAACAGCACGAAGAAACUGUCGUUCCAACGGAUCCGGAAGAAAGUCAACAUGGAAGUGCGGCUCAUCCACAGAAGCCUCUGUUCUACGGUGCAGCUAGACUUACAUUCGGACAAAAUCCUGAAAGUGUAAGUACCACAACGACAACAACAACAACUACCACUACACCAGCGGCUACAACAAUAACAACUUCAACUGAAGAAACUAGUGACGAGACCUCUUCCCUGUCUUCGGAAACUGUUAGCAAUAAUGGCGCUAAGCGAUCGGGAAAGGGACCAAAGAAUGCUGAAUACUUUUUGCGUCACAACAAUGGACAGUACUCCAGUCUAGAAAUGGCUCAGUAUGUCUUUUGGACUGGUGACGAAGAAGGUGUGGCUAGAGCCGUGGAAGAAUUCAUUCAAAAAGGACUGAUGUCACGCGAAAAUGCAAUUAAAUUCCUUCGGGAAAUAUCUCUGGGCAUUGAGUAUUUGGAAAAUUCGUACGCGAAUCGAGGUCAAAAUGAACAGAAUGCGGAAAUGGUGCGCAGGGAAACUGUGGCUACAUUCGAACCGACAACACCGAAAAUAGUCAAACCAACUUUUGCACCGCUUCCCAAAGAGAUCCACAAUUUACCAGCUCUAUCAAAAAUUAAUGAAAUUUCUAAUGAAAAAGUCAAAGAUUAUGAUGAGAACACAGGUAGAUUAAGGAUUGCUGACUUUCUUUAUGCUGAAUACUCUUUAGAGGAAGUUAUUUAUCAGUUGGCUAAGGUCAUGUUCUCUCAAUCGUUGACUAGAGGCUCGGAGCAGGCACAAGCCGCUCUGCAGAGACUUACUGGUUUCCUAGAAUCGGAAGGUGCACAUGGAAGGAUCUCUCCAGCUUUGCAGAAAAAAGUUUUAGAUGUGCUGCUUGCUGCUCUGUCCGAUUGUUUGGCAGAACAUCCAGAACUCGUUCCGAUUGCCCGUAUUGGUCUGGGCAAUAGUUUUGAUGAAUUGCCCAAUAAGCAUACACUUCACAAACCAUAAAAUCAUUAAGCUUAAAUGUUGAAUGAAAACAACAUGAUCAAAUUGAACAUAAAUAAUUGUAAUAAUUGAAGAAAAUUAGUUGAGUUUGAAUAGCCAAUUUUUAGUAUAUUAUAUAAUGGAAGAAGAAAAACUAUUAUCUAGACUCUAGACAUUAUUAUAUUUGGUGGAAUGCAUAUAAAUGAAUUACAGAAUUCUAUAAAUAUAUUGAACAAAAAAUGCUAAUUACAGGGUCAAUCCUAUAAAUUAUAAAACUAAAUUUUGCAAUGCAUAAAUGUGAUGAAAAGAUGUGUCAACCAUUCCGAUUCAUCUCACGUUUGAAUUUUUCUCACAUCCUAACUGUUCCCAACUAGUGAACCAUCAGAAGAUUCAUUCUCGUCUCAGACGAUUGAUUUUAGGUAACUUUGCUUGUGUAUUGCACAGUUAGAAGCGCGGGCUUCGUGCGACGCUGCCUAUAAUCAAUCGCCCAAUACAUGUUAGGGUACACAAAUUCGAGAAAUAUCUUGAAAAUCUCUUAUUUCUGUAGCGACAAGUUUAUGAAAUGAAAUUUCGUUGAUUAUUUUGACAAAUACUUUUUCAAGUGAAGCCGUCCAUAGACGAUUCUGUUCUUUUACUGUUAGGGUUCAGGGAAACAUAUUUUGAUAGAACCGUUAACGCUAUGAAAUAUGACACCUAAGUGGUUACAUUACUGACAAACCAAUAUAUACCAAAAGAAAGGUUCUGUGAAUAAAAAUGGUGUCACAAUGGGAAAAAUAGAAAAAUCUAAAUACACAUACCAUAUACGAUGAAAGAAGUCCAAUCUACACCGGGUAACGAUCGAAAACUCGUCCAACGAAGUAUGCAUCUUUAGAAUUAUCACUUUUUUAAACCGUGGUUUUAAAGUGUGACUAUCUUGACGAUUCCGUGAAGCGGUUCUAUCUCAAAAACAUAAUUUUUUCGGUAAAAUUCGAUAAUUUUUAGUCUUUUCAUCAUAUUUAAACAAAUAAGAUGAGUACAUAAUCCGUGGAAAAUUGGAAAAUGACAGAAAUAUACUUGAAAUUAAUGUACAUCGUGCCUCGAAGGGCAGAUAAUCGUGUAGUUUGAGUGCAAAAGUCUAAAGAAAAAUCCUCCCGUUCUGAGAAUUUUCUGGGAUUCGACAGGAUUUUUUUUUGGGCUAUUUUAAAGGAUCUUAAAGCAUUUUUACACGAUUUUUAAGGAUUUUCAUAAUAUUUAAAAGAUUUGAGGAUUUUCAUCGAAUUUGAAGACUAUCUUAACAAUGGCUUUUGAGCUGAUUACACAAGGAAUUCUACGUUUAUCUGCCCGUCGUCGUUUCUAAAGUUAAACAAUGAGUAAUAAACCUACUGAGAAAACUAAAAUAGUUUACACUCAUUAAACCUAAAGCGUGUGCAGAAUCAGCAACAGCUGAUCAACAAACACACUCUAAUUGUAUAUACAAUCAAAACACAUUCUAAACAACGAGUUUACUACAGUCAUACGUGUUAUGUGUGCACAUAGAUAACUUUAACGUAUGUAUGCACUGUACAUAGCUUGCCUUUGAAUUGUUUUCGAUGCAAAGAUGUUGUCUUUGUCGACCAGCGUGAGAUGUUCAGCUGUUACUGAUUCUGCACAAGCUUUAGGUUUGAUGAGUGUUAAUUUAAUUUGAACAUCUGUCUAACGGUAAUUGGCUAUUUAAAUGAGAGGUAAAUUAUUCGUUCAAACAUGAUUGAUACAGAAGUUUCACGGCUUACUAAAUACUUCCAUGACUGCAUAUUCAACUUUUGGACCGAUGAUGUACAUUAGAUGUUAUAAUUCGAUGAUUUCACGGACUGUGUACUAUCCUUUGUGCAUUACAUAAUACCAUACGCCCUAUACCGUAAUUAAAUGUAACUUACUGUAACUUACUGUAACUUACUUAUGACGAGGAAUAAUAAAAAAGAAAACCAAAAAUAUUUCUACCAAAAUCAAUAUACGAAAUUCAAUAUGGAAGAAACAAAUUGUAUUAUAAGUGCAGAAAGCUGGAUUAAAAAUGAAGAAAUUGUUUGUGAUGUUGAAAGACGUCUUCUAGAGACUCUAAAUUGUUUGAUUUCUUUCUGUCGCUUAUUUUGAGACAAUUAAGUUAAUAGGAAAGCUUUUAGACGAAAGCUUUUUUGGAAAGUUUUUCGAUUUGAUAAUAGAACGUAAAAGACAUUUGGCGAUAGAAAUGUUUGACGGACAUUUUAAUUAUAUUUCACUUUUAUGGUAGGUAACAGUUGUUUUUCGUCGGUCAAACGUGGUGACAAGGAAUCGCUACACCGAAUACACUUGUCCAACCAACAUUGUACCAACAAUUUAGCGACAAACAGAACAAGAAGUGUAACAGAAACCUAAGAAGAAGAUUGUUAUGGAAAUGCAGUGUUUUAGUUUCGGUGGAUUCUUAGCUCAUACAUUUUUGACAUUUAAAUAAAAAAAAUGAAAAUUUACAAAUCAGAAACUGUUUGUAUCCAGUGUAGUUAAACGGCUUAAUAAAAAGAAACCCAUUUUGAUUUAGAAUUAAUUUUUAAAAUAAUUGCAAAUUAUGUGGGAGGAAAAAUAAAACACAGUUAACAACCAA